AUGUUACCACCAUUAUAUAAAAUGGAAAAUUACACUAAAUGUGCUGAAGAUCCCAGUAAUUACUAUUGUUCGGCACACGUUAGACUGAUUGUGCCAUCUACAAAUUUAAACACUAUAAAUAUUAUAAAGAACUACAGUUUAGAUAUCACAAAAUUUGACCGACAAUUUAUAUACAGAACUCUAUGUGUCCCUAAAAUGUUUAUAAAAGAUGACUUUGAACUCUACUCUUAUUCAUCUAAUCUAGUUAAUCAAGAAAUAAAGUCAUUUCAGUUAGGUGCCAAAGUUGAAGAUAUGACUUGCAACAAAACACAAAUGGAAAUAAAUGCCUUUGAUAUCAUUUGUUUGGUUGUGGUGGUUUUGUAUAACAUGUUGUUAAUACUUGCCACAUAUAAGGAAAAAACCUAUGAGAAGGAAAAAGGUAUCAAAUAUGCAAUUUCAAGAUUGUCGUUUUUCCACACCUGGAAAUUAAGAUCGAAAAUACCUAAUACUACAGAUUUUAAAAACUUAAUAAACAUGAAUGGUGGUCGCGUAUUCGGAAUGUUAAUAAUAAUUUUAAUUCAUAUUGGAGUAGCAAUUAACACAAGUUUUAUAUCGGAACCUGAAAUAUAUGAAGAUGUGUACCACACUGUUGUGGAUAGUAUAUUAGGUUGUUUGCCAGUACUCAUUGUUCUGUACUUUUUUCUUAUAUCAUCGUGGCUGCUGACUAUUCAAGUGUAUAAUAUACAUGAAAAAGGCCAACUAUCAUUGAAGAAUGUUGGAAUACUGAUAAUAAAUCGAUAUUUUAGGUUAAACUGUACGAUUGUUGUAUUCAUGAUCCUAAGUAGAACUUCGUGGACGACAAUAAUACCAGGUCCAGCAAAUUUUUAUUCAAUAAUUGCUAAUCAAAAAGCAUGCACUGAAAACUGGUUCCCUUCAUUAUUUUUCUUUGUUAAUUUUUAUCAGGGCGCACAUAUAUGCAACCCUGUUACGUGGCACGUGUCAGUGGACUUUCAGCUUUAUGUUAUAAAUUUAUUUUUACUGUACAUCAAGCUUAAAUUUAACUUUAAUACUAUUAAAUUUUGUGCUACGAUACUGACAUUUUCCAUGAUUUUGCAUGGAAUAACUUUACAACUAUUCAAUACUGGUCCUCUUUACCUGGCAUCAUUGAGAUAUUUAGAAGUCAGGUCUAUAUACCAUUCAUUACCAUAUGUGGUCGAAUACAUGUCAACUUCUACGUUAUGGUCCUCAAGUUUAAUUGGAGUAAUAUUUGGAAUAAUUUAUAUUAAAACGAAGAACCUUACUAUAAAACCAAAUACGGUACUAAAUAUAAUAUGGUGUAGUGCAUCUGUUGGACUCAUUUAUUUGGCUAUCAAAAUGGGCUCCAUUAAAAUUAAUGGAACCAAAGCAUCCUUGCUUGGAUGUAUAAUUAGGCCUAUAUUUUCUUUGGGAUGUGCUUUAGGUGUUUAUGGUAUGUCGCAUAACCUUGGAGGUCCAAUUAAGAAGCUUAUGGAAUUAAAAUUAUUUGUCGUCCUGAGUAACUGCCUCUAUUGUGUAUACUUAGUUCACUUUGCAAGUAUCCUAAUGAUUAACAGAUUUAGUUUGGAGCCCAUAUAUUUUGACGUUUGGAAAACGUUUCAGGAUUAUACAAUAAGCGUUAUAUUAAGUUUUUUAAUCGGUAUUUAUUUUACACUUGCUGUGGAGGAGCCAGGAAAUAUGAUUCAAAAGAAAAUUUUACCCCAAAUUAACAAAUGGGAGAAGAUCUCCAAAAUCAAAUAA